CAUAUGUAACAAUUUGAUUCAGAAUUUGGAAGAUUAUUUUAUUGCAUUUAUACAUUGCAUAAACGACAACUUAUAAGUUAGGAAAGAAAAGGAAGAUUAAAAGGUUACUACUUUUAUGACUGUAGAUUUGCUUAUAACUACUGAUGAUAGUAUGAUUCCUUUAUUAACUAAUUUGAAAUAAUAUAAUGAAUAAUAGGUGCAUGAGCAUUUGUUAUUAAUAGUAGAUUCUCCACAUGACAAUGUACUUAAAUAAGAAUCAGAACCUUCUGAAGAAAAUCAAUCGAUUAAAUCUACUAGAACUUUAAGAAUGAGUAAACCAAAAAAAAUUGUUAUUGAAAAGAGUACAUUUAAAUUAGCUGAAAAAAGUCCAGGCCCUAUGAGUACUAGAUCAUCUUAAAAACGAACUUCUUCAUCGAUAAAAAAUUCUUGA